AUGGCCUCUCUUCUCCCAUCAGUACCCCGUGGUACUUUCGCCCUCACAUCCAAGCAAUUUCGCCGCAAUGCCUCAACAUCCGUCUCGACCACAAAACCUACUCACCAACUCAACCUCUUCAAACCGCCUACCUCAAUAAUAAGACCCUGGAAAUGCAUAACAGGAGCCCAAGAAUGGCAAACCAGCACCUACCACUUCAACAAACAGACUCAAAAGACCCUCCCUACCGCCGCCAACACAGCUGACAAAUUACUGCGUGACUACGCCACCAUGAUCAAGUCUCGCGGCCUGGGAUCUACAGGCUCAAGCAGUACCGCUCGCAGUGCAGUCGCGGCUCGGAGAAGGAAUUUCGAGAAGAUGUAUGUGAGCGGUACGACGACGAAGGAUUACGGGGAUAGAGUGGUGGUCAAGGCGUAUAUGUUUGAUGCUGUGGAGGCCGAGGCCGAGGAGAAGAAGAGGAGGUUGGCCGAGAUGAAGGAGAGGAAUGCGGCUAGGCGGAAGGGUGGACCGGGUGGUAGUGCAGGGGGGGCGAGGAGGAGAGCGCCUGGUUCUGGUGGUGCGGGCGGGGCGGCAGGCGUGAGAAGGGGACCGCCUAUGGCUGGCAAUGCGGGUGCAGGUGUGAGGAGAUUCACUCCUGGUGCUGGAGUUCGGAGGACUGGGCCUGGUCCUUAA